AUGGCCGAAAGUGCCGCCCAAGUAGAAUACACGUUUACACGAACAAGAGUACGAGUGCUUCAGAAAAUGGUUCAAGAACGCAAGCUUCGCCUCGCCAUUUGGGCCCACGAUUGCGGAAUUCAGAAAGAUGAUCUUGCGGCUCUUAACAAGGACAAGGACACAAGUCUUAUCGAUGCUCUCGAACUGCUUUUCUCUGAAAUAUUCAAGGAGCAGAAAUGCGUUUUCAAAGGAUUCUGUGAUCUUAGGAAUAUGGCACUUGAAGCGGUAAAAGCCAGACCACAGGUAUCUCUGGACGCGAUUGAUGAAGCGCAAAAGAAUAUCGAGGGUGGAUGUGAUCGGUUGAAUCGACACCUCCAUGAGCUGGCCAAGCUUCAGAACGCCAUCAAGAUGAGUUUGGCAGUCAAAGGCAGGGGUUCCGAAGCCGAUAUGUAUAACUGGAUCAGAAACAGAUCCCAGGCUACUGAAACGGAUGCUAUAUCGACGGUAUCCACGGGCAAUGCUUCAUACAAGUCUGGUGAUGAGCAAUGUCCGAAGUGUCGAAAUUGGUUCCCCUCAUAUGCCUUUGAUCUUCACCAAGACGACUGCACUGCGACAGAGCGUAUCCAAUCUGAAGGGAACGGCGACGCCGUGGAUAAAUCUUCAAACGAGGAUAUAUCACUUCCAAAAGAUGCCACGAAUGUGACGACAGUCGCCAAAGACGGGCCCUCUCAAACCAAGCAGGCAUCGCAGACGCAUGUAUCAGCAACGAAAGAGGGUCAUAAGGGCGCGUUCCUUGCUUCGACACCAGCCUCGGCCAACAAAUCGUCGCUCCAGGAAUGGAAAGAGAAACAGCAUCCUAGCAAUAAAAAUCUCUCGAGCUCCAUUUCUGGUAGCCUUCGUGUGCAUCCUCUGACAUCGAUCAGACGCGUUCAAGGUUGGUCCCCUCCCUACUCCGUAACCCAAAUGCUAAUCGUCCGGGUCGCCAGACGGCACUUGGCGAAAUGA